AUGUACCUGAAGCAAAGAGGACAAUUUAGCAAAGUUUCAUGGAGAAGACUCAUUUGUAAUAACAGUGGACUACCUAAGUGGAUAUUCAUCAUGUUCCUGGCUGCUUACAGGAGACUCCAAACAAGAGAUAGGCUGAGAAGAUGGGGCUAUGUAGAAGAUGAUACUUGUCCGUUAUGCAACACAGAAGUAGAGACUACUAAUCACCUCUUCUUUACAUGUUCAUUCUCUACACAAAUAUGGACUGCUAUGCUGGAAUGGCUGAGGAUCUAUAGACAGGUGAUGACAUGGGAGCAUGAACUGAAAUGGGCUGAGCAACACUGUCGUGGAAGAAGUGCAAAUGCUGAAAUAUACAAGAUGAUGCUAGCUGGGAGCAUAUACUAUAUAUGGCAAGAGAGGAAUGCAAGAGUUUUUCAGGCAACACAAAGAAAUGCAGAAACAGUUACUAGACUUCUAGCACAGGACCUACACUGUAGAGGCAAUGUGAAGCAAUGGCUGAAGGGAAGAUUACUAGAUUGA